UCUCUCUGUCGUCGCGCGCGCGGAGCACCUCGAGUCGCGCUCGUACAACACCUGCCGACGCCCGAUCCAACUAAACGCUCGGCCACGUUUUCUUCGUUUCCGUGACUCCUUCUCGAGAGUGAUUUCCACCAAUUAAUAUCGUCGCGAUAAUCGUCGUAUCUGAUCCGAAACCGGGCCGGAUUUUAGGGAAAAAGAACUCGAGACUAUGGACAGUAAAGCGAAAUUGAUCGGGAUGACGCGUGUCCACGCGAAAGAAUGAGACCUGAAUCGGUUCCAGGGAACAGUCCACCAGGAAUCUUCACCGUUAUCGGGACAGGAUACCGCGACAACAUGCUGUUGCCUCAGGACAUGAUGGCAGCCCAGUCGAAGAUGCUGUAUCAGAUGAACAAGUAUUACGGUGAGCGGGUUCAAGCUCGCAUGGGCCAGGUACAGAAGACCAUCAGAGAAGUGUGCAAGGUUGUGCAGGAGGUGUUGAAGGAGGUGGAGGUGCAGGAGCCGCGGUUCAUCUCCUCUUUGACAGAGUGCAACGGCCGGUACGAGGGCCUCGAGGUGAUCUCGCCAGGCGAAUUCGAGGUGGUCCUCUACCUGAACCAGAUGGGAGUGUUCAACUUCGUCGACGACGGCACCCUGCCGGGUUGCGCCGUGCUCAAGCUCAGCGACGGCCGGAAGAGGUCCAUGUCGCUCUGGGUCGAGUUCAUCACCGCCUCCGGCUACCUGUCCGCGCGGAAGAUCCGCUCGAGAUUUCAAACGUUGGUGGCGCAGGCAUGCGACAAGUGCGCCUACAGGGAUUCCGUGAAGAUGAUAGCGGACACGACCGAGGUGAAGCUGAGGAUCAGGGAGAGAUACGUGGUGCAGAUCACGCCGGCGUUCAAAUGUUCGGGCGUUUGGCCGAGAUCGGCCGCCCAUUGGCCGAUCCCUCACAUACCUUGGCCGCACCCUAACCUCGUCGCCGAGGUCAAGACCGAGGGUUUCGAUCUGCUGUCGAAGGAAAGCGUGGCGCUUCAAGGGAAGCAAUCGGCAAUGGAGGGUGACGCGUGGGUUCUCUCGUUCACGGAAGCGGAGACGAGAUUGUUGCAAGGUGGCUGCCGCAGGCGGUGCCUCAGCAUUCUCAAGACUCUGAGGGAUAGGCACCUUGACCUUCCCGGAAAUCCGGUGACCAGCUAUCACAUGAAGACGUUGUUGCUCUACGAAUGCGAGAAGCAUCCUCUGGAGACCGAGUGGGACGAGGGUUGUAUAGCGGAUCGUAUUAAUGGAAUUUUCCUGCAACUGAUAUCCUGCCUCCAGUGUCGAAGAUGCCCUCACUAUUUCUUGCCUAAUUUGGAUCUGUUCAAAGGGAAAUCGCCCAGCGGCUUGGAGAACGCGGCUAAACAAGUGUGGAGACUGACGAGAGAGCUGUUGACCAACAGCCGUGCCCUCGAAAAGCUUUAGCUGAUAAUUUUUGCUUUUAAAGCUUCCAGCUAAAGAGGAGUGUAUAAUAAAGAGAGAGAGAGAGAGAGAGAGAGAGAGAGAGAGAGAGAGAGAGAAAGAGAGUGAGAGAGAGAGAGUUUCGCUUUGAAGGUACUCGGUGACUCGCGUGAAUCACGGACUUUCAGAAUCUGCUGCUUUCGCGACGGUUCUUUGCCUGCUUUUUACCCUUACAGAAGUCUUACUUUCACUCGAUAUAUCUUCUUGCACAAGAUUCAGCGUGCCAGGGUAUCGGGGAUGGUGUAACGAAUCUGUCUAUUGACUUUAUCCCCUAAUUUUUUUUCCCUUUCCUUUUUCCCUUUCCUUUUUUCCUUUCCUUUUUCUUUUCUUUUUUUUUUUUUUUUUUUUGUUUCACGGUUCCGUAAAUUUUCUCUAUGAUUCCAUGACACGAUUAACGCGAGUCGAACGUUGAUUAUUAUUAUCGGUGCAAGCGUUUCGUUCCAGUGCAAUAUUCUACUUUUCCUACUGUUUCGUUUCGCGCGAAAGUAAUGAGUAAUUGUUAAGUUUAACUCGUUAAUUUAUACGUAAAAAUUUCAAGGAAGGCACGUUAAAACUUUCUACGUUAAUGGCUACGUUAAUCGAGUCCGAAAUCGACUGGAUGCGCGUAAGAUUUAAAGGAUAUCAUUACCGCAUUUUUUUUUCUUUUUUAUUUUUUAUAAUCAUCAAAGCUUUCGCUUGGAGCGGAAUCUCUUGCUUAUUUAACGAAGCGAUUUCUCCGUGUAGAGUUGCGAUACGAAAGCGAUUUAAUUAAGUACCCGAUUAGUUGCUCUUACUCGUCUUGUGGCUGAUGCGAAACGUUGCGCGAUCCAUUCUCGUUAAAUUAAUCCAAUGUUUAUAAUGAAUUAGCGAUUGAGCUGCCGUCGGUAGCCAUACCAUAUUGUUGUAUGUAAAUACUUUUUUAUAUUAUUUAAACGAUAUUUAUUUCUACUUCGAAUCAUUGUUCGAACA